AUGUCGCUGCCAAUCCUAGAAUUUCUUGGUAAAUAUGUUCCAGUAGUCAAGCCAGAUACUGGUGAUCUUACAAUUCAGGAUUUAAAAGCUAUGACAAUUUUACAAAGGGUUCAAUUAAGAGAUUGGACAAUUGAAUUUUUCACAUUUGGAUUUAUUGUACUUUUUACAUUGUUGUGGAAAGUUGGAGAUUUUUAUAAUGAAUUAAAAGUUAAAAGGUUUUUAAGUGGUGUUGAACAAGUUUUCAAAAAGCAAUUUUAUCAAUUUGGUGUAUUACCAAAUAAAUUAUAUAUCAAAGAUAGUUCUGAAAAUUUUGCAUCUUAUGCUACUGGUAGAUUAAAUAUUGCUAAAGUUGAUUUAAAAUUCAUUUUAAAACCUAGACAAAAUUUAUUCUUGUGGAUUUUGGAAACUUUCUUUAGUUUGUUUACUACAUCUGUUCAAACUCCUGAAGAUAAAGUUGAAAUUAUAAUCACACCAUCUGGAAAAUAUGAUAAUUUCAUUUCUGCCAUAGUUUCAAAAUUAGGUAUGAAUGAAGCUAGAAAAUUUAAUUAUUUCUUAUCAUUAUGUAAAACUACAGAUUCUCCAAAUUUACCAGAAUCUUUUGUAUAUAUGAGUGAAGCAAACGAAUUCCAAGAUAAAAUCACCACACCUGAAUUAAAGCAAUCAUUAACUUUACAAUCUGCUAAUUUUUUAAAAGUUAUUGCAUUCACUGAUCAAUCAUCAAUCAGACCAGAAACUUUAAAAGAAUUCAUCCCACAUAGAAAAGUUAUUUUAGAAUUUAAAUUAACCACUAGCAGCGAAGAUUUAAAAAUUAUAAGUUCAGUAUUAGAUUCAGUUUUUAGUAUAUUAGAUAAAUUAUCAGAUCAAGUUAUAACUUUCAAACCAGAAACUAUUAAAAAAAUAGUCAAAACAAGAGAAAUUGAGAUUGAAAAAUUGAAAAAAAUUGAACAAGAGAUUAAGAAUGAAAAAAUUGCUGAUGAGCAAGCAAAAUUGAAAAGAGAAGAAAGGGAAAAAUUAAGAAAUAUGUCAAGAGAAGAUCAAUUGAAAGCUGAAAAAAAGGCUCAAGAAAAGAAACAAAAAAAAUUGCAAAAGAAACAAAGAGUUAAAAUGUAA